UCAGCUAAUUCAAACUUCAAAUGCAGUGCCAGUGUCUUCGGAGUGUCAACACAAUCAAUGCAGUGUUCGUAUCAUUCUAGAGGAAAUAGUGUUCCGACGAUUCUCUUGAUGAUGCAAAGACGUCUUUAUGAACAAGGUGGUCUUCGGACAGAAGGUAUCUUCCAUAUAAAUGCAGAAAAUAGUCAGGAAGAGUUUGUGAGAGAUCAGUUAAAUAGUGGAACUGUGCCAGAUGGCAUUGAUGUUCAUUCUUUGGCAGGUCUAAUCAAAAAUAUAAUGCUGCUUUUCAGCGCAGUUAUGUGUACUCCUAAUGAUCACAAUGUUGCUAUGGUUUUCGCACCAAAUAUGACCCAGAUGGACGAUCCUUUGACUGCAGUAAUGUAUGCAGUACAAGUGAUGAAUUUCCUCAAGAUGCUUAUACAGAAAACCCUCAAGGAUAGAGAAGAGUCCAACCUGGAAGAUGCUUCUUUGCCACAAAAGGACCCGUCUGAUGAAAACGGGCAUCAGAACCCAAGUUUCCCUGUUAAUUCUCAACCUGAAGAACUAUCAGGGCGUUCUUCUUUCGUCACGGAGGAGCCCCUUCUGUGCAGUCCUACACACAGCCCUGAAGAUAAAAAAAUCCAAAAAUCUCAUUUCUGUGCAGUUUUUUAUUUGUUUUGGAUAUCAAUGCACUCGAAACUUCUAAAAGAAACGGGCAGUGUUGUUGGUAAAUUGACAAGCAUCAGGCUGCAUAUUCAGCGAACAUGCGUGUGGUCGGAGAAUCAAGGAGCUUAUCUACAUGCGAGUGUAGAACUGUGGAGUUAUACAAACUGCAAAUUGGCAUGA